AUGGAAGUAGUUCAAGUCAACUUGAAUCACUGCGAGGCGGCACAGGACCUCCUGUGGCAAGCAACGGUGGAGGAAAACGGUGAUGUGCUUUUGAUAUCGGAGCCAUAUCGCACACCAAUCGGAAGCAACAACUGGGUGUCGGACAAAACGGGAAUGGCAGCUAUCUGGGCAACGGGAAAAUUCCCGAUACAAAGAGUUGUAUCCUGUGCCUUCGAAGGGUUUACCAUCGCCGUGGUGAAUGGAGUCUACUUCUGCAGCUGUUACGCACCCCCAAGGUGGGACCUGGAGAAGUUUACCGAAAUGUUGGACAACAUAGUAACGGAGCUUUGCGGGCGAACUCCGGUUGUCAUCGCUGGAGAUUUUAACGCCUGGGCAGUUGAAUGGGGCAGUAAACGGACUAACAGCAGGGGAGACGCGGUGCUCGAGACCCUUGCCCAAUUUAACGUGGUUUUGGGUAACGUUGGCACUACUCCCACGUUUAGAAGGAACGACAGGACGUCGAUUAUUGAUGUGACGUUUUGUAGUCCCGUUCUGGCGCAGAGCUUAAACUGGCGAGUAAGUGAAGCAUACACUCUCAGUGACCACCGUGUAGUCCGGUACUACGUCAACAGAAGGCGCAGCCCAGCACCUGUCCCCUCGACGAGUAUCCGAGGUUGGAAAACCGAGCUGUUCGACGUGGAACUGUUUGCGGCGGCGUUAAACUUCGGCGAUUUCGGGGAGACUCUCGAUGCUUCGGGCCUAGUAGCAGCGUUGGCCCAGGCGUGCGACGCCACGAUGCCCAGGAGGAAGGCGCCGAAAAACGCAAAAUCCCCAGCCUAUUGGUGGAACACAUCCAUCAAAAGGCAUCGGGACGAAUGCAUUGCGGUGCGCAGGAAGCUGCAACGGGAGAGGUGUCCUGUAACGAAGGAGCAACUGAGGGCAAGCUACGUUACGGCCAGGUCGGACCUAAAAAGGGAAAUAAAGGCAAGCAAAAGGCGACAUUUCCACGAGCUUUGCGCUACCGUCGCUCGCGAGCCCUGGGGGUCCGCCUUCAAGGUGCUAAUGGGGAAAGAGAGGAAACACGAACCGGUUGAACGAUGCCCCAUAAAGCUCAAGGGUAUUAUUGAGCAGCUGUUCCCGACGCAUGACGCUCCGGUGCUGAUGCUGGAAAAUGGUAAUGCGGCGUUUCGGCGGAAGAGGUGUGGAGCUCGCUACUGCGCGGCCAUCACCAUUGACGUCAAAAACGCCUUCAAUAGCGCCAGCUGGGAGGCGAUUGCGGUCGCGCUGCAGGGCAUGAGUGUUCCCCCGUAUCUGUGCAGGGUGCUGAGGAGCUACCUCAACGGACGCGUGUUGCAGUACGACACGGAAGAAGGCGUAAGGACGGUAAACAUCACGGCAGGCGUCCCACAUGGAUCAGUUCUUGGUCCCACCCUGUGGAACGUCAUGUAUGAUGGCGUGCUAACCCUUGCACUACCUCCAGGGGCACAGCUAACCGGUUUCGCAGACGACAUCGCCCUGACGGUCACCGGCGAGUCCAUCGAGGAGGUGGAAUUACUAGCCACGGACGCUGUCGGAAGGAUCGACGAGUGGAUGAAAUCAGUGAGGCUGGAGAUUGCACACGCAAAACCCGAGUUCAUACUCAUCAGCAGCCACAAGGAGGUUCAGAAGGCAUCGAUAAUGGUAGGCUCAGAACGCAUUGAGUCUGUCAGGAAUCUCAAAUACCUUGGGGUUAAAAUCGAUGACCGACUGAGAUUCAAGGACCAUCUCGAGGAAGCCUGCAGGAAGGCUAUGAACACCGCAAACGCAUUGGCAUCGUUCACGCCAAAUAUAGGAGGACCGAGCAGCAGCAUCAGGUCUCUUCAUGCCAACGUUGCCACGUCCAUGUUGAGAUAUGGAGCGCCUGUUUGGGCGCACAUCCUGACUGAGAAGCAGCACCAAAAUGCUGUGAACAAGGUGUACAGGCGGUUGGCUAUGCGGGUUGCUAGUGCGUACCGUACCAUAUCGUAUGAAGCGGUAUGCGUGAUUGCGAACAUGAUGCCGUUGUGUAUCAUCCUCGAGGAGGACCGGAAGAACUUUCGGCAAGCACGUUCGGGGGAACCACUCACCGCAGCAGUGAGAGCGAUAAACAGAGCUGCGUCGAUGGAGAAAUGGCAGAACACUUGGAGCAGCGCAACGAGCGGGAGAUGGACCUUCUCGCUGAUCCCGGACGUGACAUCAUGGCUGGGUAGGAAGCACGGUGACGUGAAUUUCUACGUUACGCAGUUCCUGUCCGGUCACGGCUGCUUCAGGAGCUACCUACAUAGAUUCCGGCACGCUUCCUUGCCUCGGUGCUCAGCGUGCGUGGACGUUGAUGAGACGGCGGAACAUGUCUUGUUCCACUGUCCAAGAUUCGCCGAGGAGCGCCAGCAGCUGAGCAACAAAUGCGGAACGGAGGUAUGCCGAUCGAACCUGAUGCAGUUGAUGUUGCAGAGCGGUGAUCUGUGGGAAGCCACAGCCACAACGAUGCGUCUGAUCCUGGUGGAGCUACAGCGGAAGUGGAGGGAGGACCAGCUGAAUGGUCGCGCCUGA